CCCAAAUCUUCAGUUUCAUUCAGAUUUACAUCUCUCUCUAUCUAAAAAAAAAUUUGAUUUUUGGUUCAAAUUUAGAAAUGAUGUACGGACAGAGUAAUAGCUCUGAAUCGGAUUUUGUUCUUCUCGAAUCCAUACGCCGCCAUUUGUUGGUAGAUUCUGACUCUCUCCGAUGUGGGAAUUUCGCCGUCGCUGGAGCCACCGCCCCUGUUUUCUGCCGGACCUCCAGUUUCGGAAGCUUGUACCCUUGUUUGACUGAAAAAUGGGGUGCUCUGCCUCUCAGAGAGGAUGAUUCCGAGGACAUGGUUCUCGCCGGAGUCCUCCACGACGCUGUUCAGUUCGGCUGGGUUCCCUCGCUUGGAUCUUCCUUGCCGGAGACUUUCAAUUUUGGUUUCUCCGAUGUCAAGCCUGAGCCUGAGAUUCUCCCGCCAGUGAACAUCUUGCCGGAAGUUAUCGAGACGAAGGUGGCGGUGGCAGUGGCAGAUCCGUUGCCGGCGGUUGUUCCUGGGAAGGGGAAGCAUUACCGGGGAGUCAGGCAGCGGCCGUGGGGGAAGUUUGCGGCGGAGAUUCGUGAUCCGGCGAAAAAUGGGGCUCGGGUUUGGCUUGGGACAUUUGAGACAGCGGAGGAUGCAGCGUUGGCUUAUGACCGAGCCGCUUAUCGGAUGCGCGGCUCUAAAGCUCUUCUUAAUUUCCCGCUUCGAGUUAAUUCUGGUGAACCCGACCCGGUUCGAGUGACGUCGAAGCGGUCGUCGUCCCGGUCGUCACCGGAGCCCACUUCUUCGUGUACGUCGGUGGAGAGUGGGUCCCCUAAGAGGCGGAAGAAGACAGACGGCACGACAAUGCCAACGGCUCAAGCUGCGCCGGAGUCGAUACAAUUAGGGGAGGGGACCAAUGCAAUACAAGUGGAAACUGACGUGGCAAAGUACACAUGUGGCGAGCAAUGAUUGGAUGAGUAAUGAUAAUAGUGAGAAAGGAGCAUUAUUGUAAUUAUAUUUUUUGAGACCAUAUUUUAGGUAUAUGAUUGGUAGAUUUUCUUUGGGA